CAAAGGUUGACAAAGUUAUAAAAGGAGGGAAGCUUAACUCGAUGAUUGCUAAAACAAAGCCCAGUUGAACUCAUCUUGAAAUGUCAUUGGAGUCAUCAUCCUCUAGUGAGAAGAAACAAAUGGGUUCCGCCGGAUUCGAAUCGGCCACAAAGCCGCACGCCGUUUGCAUUCCCUACCCUGCACAAAGCCACAUUGGCGCCAUGCUCAAGCUAGCAAAGCUCCUCCAUCACAAGGGCUUCCACAUCUCCUUCGUCAACACCGAGUUCAACCACCGGCGGCUCGCCAGGGCUCGAGGCCCCGAGUUCACAAAUGGAAUGCUGAGCGACUUUCAGUUCCUGACAAUCCCCGAUGGUCUUCCUCCUUCGGACUUGGAUGCGAUCCAAGACAUCAAGAUGCUCUGCGAAUCGUCCAGGAACUAUAUGGUCAGCCCCAUCAACGAUCUUGUAUCGAGCAUGGGCUCGAACCCGAGCGUCCCUACGGUGACUUGCAUCAUCUCGGAUGGUUUCAUGACACUCGUGACAAGUCCCGCGGCUUCGAAAUUUGGGAUUCCGCUCAUACACUUCUUCCCUGUGCCCAGUUCUGCCCUCAUGGCAUUGAAACAAUUGCGAGCCCUCGGAGAAAACGGUGUUGCAUCGCUCACAGAUGAAUCCCAACGGAUGAACGGGUAUGGGAACACCCCUAUCAACUGGAUCCCAGGAAUGAAAAAUAUGAGGUUGCGCGACAUGCCUUUCUUCUUCCGAAUCGCUGGCUCUGAUGAUACCUUGUUCAACUUUAUCGUUGACACCGUCGACAAGACCGGUGAUGCUACAGCAACCAUUGUCCACACUUUCGAGGCGCUUGAGCCGGAUGUGCUACAGGCCCUCUCCUCAAUGAUCCCAAGGGCUUAUGCUAUCGGACCACUACACUUAAUGAUUGAUCGACUCAAUCAAGAAAAGUUGUUUGCGUCAAAGCACAUUGAGUGCAAUCUGCUGGAAGAGCACAACGAGUGCCUCCAGUGGUUGGGCUCAAAGGAGCCCAAGUCCGUGAUCUAUGUGAGUUUUGGGAGUGUAGCUUUCAUGACGCGCCAACAGUUGAUUGAAUUUGCGAUGGGAUUGGCCAAUAGCAAUCAGAGUUUCUUGUGGGUCUUGAGGCCUGACGCAGUGGAAGGAGACACAACGACUCUUCCUAGAGAGUUUGUUGAGGAAACAAGAGAGAGAGGGCUUUUUUCUGGAUGGUGCCCGCAAGAGAGAGUGUUGUGCCACCCUUCAAUCGGAGGUUUUUUAACGCACUGUGGCUGGAACUCAACCAUUGAGAGCUUGUCGGCUGGAGUUCCGAUGUUGUGUUGGCCGCGCUUUGGAGACCAACUAACAAAUUGCAAGUAUAUAUGUGAUGAUUGGGGGGUCGGAUUGGAGAUUGAUACCAAUGUGAAUAGAGAUGAAGUGGAAAGGCUUGUGAGGGAGUUGAUGGAAGCAGAGGUGGGGAAGAAAAUGAGAAGCAAGGCUAUGGAGUGGAAGAAGGUGGCGGAAGAAGCAGUUGGUGAAAAAGGGUCAUCUUCCAUGAAUAUGGAGAAGUUGCUAGACGGGGUUUUGUCUAAAUAGUGUAAUUUGAUAUUUUUCUUUGUGUGUAAUGUUUCCUCUUGUCAUGACCUCCCCGAAGCGGGUUGAACCACCUAGGAGUUCGGCUAAUAAACUGCUAAACCUAGAUUUAGCUCGAGCUCUUCCAAGUCCA